UCUAAUAACAGGGAAAAACGAUAUCACUGCAAUGCAGGGAUAAAUAGUACUUCUAAAUUACAAGUCUCACAUAACGGGCAAGGAUGUUUUAAUACAUUAUUCUGGGAUAAUUUAGAUGAUGGAAACUUAAUGUUUUUCUGAUGAAUAGGCAUAACAUAAAUAUUUUGCGGACUGGAAUAUUUAUCCUCUAAUAUGAAAAACUGGAGGAAGAAAAUUCAAAACCUGUUUAGUUACAAAAGGGAUAGGAAAACUGCCGAAGACGAUAAUGUCAGCAAUAUGAUGGAAAAGCGAACAGACCGUUUGACGCCCCAACAUCGGAGAUUACCAACGGUACCGCAUAUUUUCAAACCUCAGAGAUCGCCCCUGACAAUAUACCGCGACGCCGGCGAACGGAUGUCUGAACGUCAGCAGACGACUAACAGAACAACCGAGCUUAAUAAACAAAACUCAAAACCUUUGAAGCGGAGGUCGCGUGAAAGAAUUCAUGACAUUGAUUCUAGACUGUCAUUUAAAGACAGCAGUGGUAUGAAAAGGGAUGUUAACAAUUUGAAACCCAAAACAGACAUUUGUCAGGACGAUGACGAAGUCGACAAAACGCAUUCUACUGACACAGAUAUAGAUGACAAUUUAGUCUUUGUCCCUGAAAUUUUGAUUUCACAUGUCGAAAAUGAUGAAGACUGUAUUCAAUGGAAUAAACCCAUACAUGUUUUCGUCUGCGGGCACGUGGAUAACGGAUUGUGGCAUCGCAUGCUUGUUGAUUUGUGCAGAGAAUUUUCGGUCCGAUGUACUUCGCCCUCGGAUUACCCAGAAUGCAAUCGAUGGCUACCAAAAACAGAUGUUUUCGUUUUUUUAAUUGAUGAAAUCUCUGCGCGAGCUUCACCGUAUAAAGACCAACUUCGACUGGCAAUUAUGUUAGACUUAAAUAUUGUUUACGUUCGUGAUUUAGGAUUCGAACUGACGAAAGGAGAAAACGGGAAACCCGUAUCACAUGGAAACUUAGAGACAGAAAACAAUGUAGAACAUCUGAAUUCUGAAUCGAAUUCAAAUAACCUUUUACAUCCAAAUAUAUUGGGAAAAAGUCCGGUCAAGCUGCUAUUGAAUUCCACAGUCGUUAGCACUGAAACAAGAGAAGAAGCACCUGCUCUACACGUGAACUCUUUCGGACACAUACAUUCAGUAGGUGAAGCUCAUGACACCUGUGGCAGACGAGAAGUGGACAUAAAUAAAAUCAUAGAAAUAGAAUACGGCACAGCUUUGGUUUACCAUGACCUUUAUCACACCAAGUGCAUUGAGCGAAUCGUCUCAUCUAUUAACAGAAAUGGAUCAAAUUUGAAGAGUGGUGCAACGUCACUCUCCCAUAGCCGUCAGUCUAUAAUGAGUGAGGCUAUGUCACUCGCCCACAGCCGCCAAUCUAUGACGAGUGAGGCUGUGUCACUCGCCCAUAGCCGCAAUUCAUUAAAUACACCAGCGUUUUCAAUAUAUUCAAACGUCAGCAACGACUCUGCAUUAGGGGAUAUGUUUCACAGAAUGACACCAGAGCCUAAUGUACCGGAAGCAGGGGAGCACUUACUGUUUGAACGUUCAAAAUCACUCGAUGAACCAUCUUUUCCAAGCGGAUUAUCCAGCCCAACAGAAACUAUUUAUUUAGUGGCGCCAAACACUAGCAGUGAAAAGCCGAAAGUAUUUCACUGGCCAGCAGAUGUAGAAAAAGACAUUGUAAAUUCCCCUUCGAUAGACUCAUUUGGAUUCCAAGAUAUUGACUUAAGCAAGCGAGUAAAUGAAAUUGAUCUUUUUGAGGAGAACCUUUCAGAUUAAAGGAACUGUUAACAUAGCUAAGUCGUUAACUUCAAAGACAAGUUAAAGGACCGGAAACUACCCCGUUGUGUUCAAACUAUACUACGUAAGCACCGCCGUUGUUUCUCCAUUCUCUACGCUCGCCAUUAUAAGCUUGUACAGUUACAUUACAUUUGAAGACUACUUUGAGGUAUUAGUCUAGCGGCAACCUGUAUUUUUCCAGUUGUUUUUCGCUAUGUACAGGGUCUGUUGUAUGGUUAAGAGUGGGAAAGUCGUUACACCAGAUGAGCGAAAAUGUAGAAACCUAAACUGUGUUAUAAAUGUUAUUGAUAGUAUUCACAAUUUUAUACCUUUGUCAUAAACAUGUACAUUUUUUGUACUUUGCUCAAACCUUCACAUUUGUUCCCAACGGAAACUUAACCAUCCAUAUCUACCUGUUUCGAAUAAAAUAACUGUAUCUUUA